AGAUGGCGCUCUUCAAUCACGUUCAAAACAAGGAUCGACGACUCAUAUUAUUUGACGCGAGUUUUGGCGCUCACAUUUGCCCGUCUGAAGAACGUGCGCGGAAGACGCUAGCGAAAGGUGAGCAGCUGAUGUGCUGCUAUCGGAAAAUGUUCUGCACAAUUGCGGACAUGUUAUUCCGGUAAGCGGUCAUUUGCUCCUGAUUAUGCUCAGGUCAUUGCAGACUCGCGAGGACCCAUUACGAUACAUUUAUUCUGAAAUCCGCACAUCUGCUGAUGACACGCGAGAGUAUCAAAUGACAAAAACAUAUCUGGAACUGGAGGCAAAGGUGAGCGUGACAUGUUACUGUGACGGAACGCGAAUCAGCAGUCACACGCGAUCUCCUGGUCUUGCCAUAACCGACGCUACCGCGACACAGUACCAUGUUUUCCUUUUCGUUACAGUACCAUCGAUCCCCUCAGUCUUCCGCGGGUCUCCAAACACCCAUUUCGAGCCGUGCGUUCAGCUUUCGAAAGACUGUUCUCGACCGUCUGCAUAUAUAUGCAUACAUAUACUCCUGGCAUCCCCUUCAGCCACGAACAGCAGGUGUUCCUCUGCAUUGACUGUCCUUUCGACUCCGUUGGUUAUUCUGUCACUGCAACGUGCAUGGCGCAGGUAGCGAGCAGCGAGCAACAGACCCGCCACCGAGACACGUGCGUGCGCGCGUG